AUGGAUUACGAGGGCCACAUUCACAAGCUCCAGGCAAAACGGCGCCCCAAGUCCAUCAUCACCCUUGCUGGCCGCUCCGUUGCGUCAGCAUCUCGUUCGUAUUUCCGUAUCCUCAGGAAAACUUUCCCAUCCAUGCCCUUACCCAGCCAGCCGAAUACCCUAAUUAAUCUAAGUUACUUUAAUAUUCCAAAGCGUGUCCAGGGGGUUGUAACGGUCUACUGA